GUUCCGUUACGUUAAACAUAUGGACCAAUUAGAACAACAUGUUGGUAUGAUGGGCGUAGCACUGACGUCACGAAAGGACAAAUUCAUUAGCUCUGGAGGACGUUCUCUCUGUUAACCGGCGAGUGGCAAGACACCGCCAUCUUAUUAGUUGCCACCAUGUAUUCAUCCGUUGCACCGUUAGCUCGGGUUAACCCGUUUAGUGCCCCUCAAUUCCAGCUAGGGCAGGAUGGCCUGACUGAAAGAAAGAGCAGCACCUCUCAGGCUCCGCCAACUCGUCACUUUGCUGCGGCUGCUGUUCAGGAUGAGCAAUACAGCUGUGAAUAUGGCUCCACAAAGUUCUAUGCACUGUGUGGUUUUGGUGGCAUCCUCAGUUGUGGUUUAACUCACACUGCAGUCGUACCUCUGGAUUUGGUGAAGUGCCGCAUUCAGGUGGAUCCAAAAAAGUACAAGAGCAUCUUCAAUGGUUUUUCUGUCACUCUUAAGGAAGAUGGUGUCCGUGGCCUUGCAAAAGGAUGGGCACCAACCUUCAUUGGAUAUUCCAUGCAAGGGCUUUGUAAAUUCGGUUUCUAUGAAGUAUUCAAAGUAUUGUAUGGCAAUCUGUUAGGAGAGGAAAAUUCUUACCAGUGGCGCACUUCUCUGUACCUGGCUGCAUCUGCUAGUGCAGAAUUCUUUGCUGAUAUUGCUCUGGCUCCAAUGGAAGCCGCAAAAGUGCGUAUUCAAACGCAGCCAGGUUAUGCUAAUACACUAAGGCAAGCUCUUCCCAAAAUGUACGCAGAAGAAGGCAUAUGGGCGUUUUACAAAGGAGUUGCUCCUCUUUGGAUGAGACAGAUUCCAUACACAAUGAUGAAAUUUGCUUGCUUUGAACGUACUGUUGAAGCGCUCUAUAAGUAUGUUGUGCCCAAACCCAGAAGUGAAUGUUCAAAAUCUGAACAACUGGUGGUUACAUUUGUGGCAGGUUAUAUUGCUGGUGUGUUCUGUGCAAUUGUUUCCCAUCCUGCUGAUUCUGUGGUCUCUGUGUUGAACAAAGAAAGUGGAAGCACUGCCGUGGCGGUGCUGAAGAAACUUGGGCCCAAAGGAGUUUGGAAGGGGCUUACUGCCCGUAUUAUCAUGAUUGGUACCUUGACUGCACUUCAGUGGUUCAUAUAUGACUCUGUGAAGGUCUACUUUAGACUUCCUCGCCCCCCUCCACCUGAGAUGCCAGAGUCUUUGAAGAAGAAGCUUGGCCUGACUCAAUAAAAAUAUGGACUAAAAAAAAAUCAUGAAAUUGACAGAUACUUUAACCUGUUUUUAUAAAGUCAACCAUGUAGGAUCUACCUACCAUUCUCAGAUGUAAUUAUUGGUUGUUCAUUCACUUUGCUUGGUAGCUGAAAAGUUGUAACUUGGUUUUACCACUUUACCUGUCUGUUGAAAUAAACAGAUUAUAUUUAAGAGUA